CAGAAUAGGAGUGACUGUCAGGCAUUUGGAAUCGAGGAUGAUGCAACGGAUAGUUUGAGUCUUUAUCUUGUCAGAAAUCAUCUCAGCUAUGCCCCAGAGCGCGUGGGCCUCUGGGUGUGUUGUCGCACACUUGUGCACGUUGGAGGUGCAGCUGCAUGCAUGUGUGUCUGUCUGUCCAAUGAGAUCAGAACAAACAGACUCUGAAAGAGACUGAGCUGUCCCCAGCAAAGGCGGGCUUCCACCUUGGUUCUCUUCUUCUGAGGAAGGUGUUUUCUUUGAGCGCCCGGCCUUCCAAACACCCACAGUGAGGUGUUUCAGCUGGAAGGAAGGUGGGGCUCACCCUUCAGCUGCAGCUCCUGCAACAUGCAACAGGCACCCGGCAGCAUCAGCAGCGGCCCUAACAGCCGACUGAAGUUGGUGAACUUCGAGAACCAUGACAACCACAUUUCCCAUCAGACCCAGGGGCUAAGCAGCGACUACCUGGUGGUGCGGCGCGGGAAGCCCUUCAAAGUCACCCUGAUGUUUGACAGCCCGGCGUGGAACCACCCCACCCACAGGCUGGUGCUGGAGGCCCGAUUAGGUGAUCUGUCGGUGAGGAUUCCAGUUCUCUCCCCCAGAACAGCUUUUGACCCUCUGCGCUGGUCAGCAACCGUCUACCCAGGAGACCUGCAUCCUCUGUCGGUCACCGUCCACAUCUGCUCGCCGGUUCUGUCCUCUGUGGCUCUGUACGAGCUCCACCUGAACGUCGAGACGCCUCAGAGAAGACUGACCUACGAAGCGGGGAAGUUUGUUCUGCUGUGCAACCCCUGGCUGAAAGAAGAUCCGGUGUACAUGCCGCAGGACGUCCUGCUAGAGGAGUACGUCCAGAGUGACUAUGGAGUGGUAUACAUGGGCACGGAAACCAAUGUCGUUGGGAGACCCUGGUCGUUUGGUCAGUAUGAACCAGGGGUCCUGGAGGCCUGCCUGAAGCUUCUGCAGGUCAGCCCUCAGCACCUGAGUGACGGUGAGAAGGACUACAUGGCCCGAGCAGAUCCCGUCUACCUCAGCAGGGUGGUCUGUGCCAUGGUGAACUGCAACGACGACUUAGGCAUUCUGCAAGGAAAGUGGCAAGGCAGCUACGAGGACGGGAAGAAGCCGACGGACUGGAGCGGCAGCGCGGACAUCCUGCAGCAGUGGCUCUCAUCAAACUGCAAACCUGUGAAAUACGGACAGUGCUGGGUCUUUGGAGCCGUCCUCUGCUCAGUGAUGCGGGUUCUGGGGGUUCCCUCCAGGCUGGUGACGGUUUUCAAUGCCGCCCAUGACACCAAUGGAAACAUCAAGGUGGAGGAGGUCUACUCCACCUGUGGGGAGAAGCUAAACCUGUCUAAGGACAGCAUUUGGAACUUCCACGUGUGGGUGGAGUGCUGGAUGAGGAGGGACGACCUCAGCCCAGAGUUUAACGGCUGGCAGGUGGUGGACCCAACGCCCCAGGAGACCAGCGCAGGGAUGUACCGCUGCGGUCCCUGCCCGGUCGCCGCCAUCCUACAGCGCCGCCUCAGAACUCCGUAUGACGGCCCCUUCCUCUGUGCCUCCGUCGACGCCGAUGUCAUCCGGCUGGUCGUACGGAACGAGCAGGUGGUGGGGAGGAUGGUGGAACCAGACAUCGUGGGCCGGCUGAUCUGCACCAAAAGCGUCGGUUUGGACCGCCCAGAAAAUCUGACGUGGACGUAUAAGCAAACGAGAAGCGAACAGCAAGCGGGCUUUCCUAGCAGCAGUCAAAUGAGCAGGAUUCAACCGCGAGUUCAACUCAGCGGCUCAGCAGAAAGCAGAACAGGGGGACCGGCCCCCACCCUGCAGGUGUCCCUGACCAUCGAUGAGAUGCCAGCCCUGGGCGAGGACAUUCGCAUGACCGUGACGGUUUCCAACCGCUCCGGCAGCCCCCGGGCCCUGCUGGAGCACAUCAGCGCUCAGCUGAAGGAGUACGACAGCAGCCCGCUGAAGAGCUUCUGGGUGUUCCACGGCGAGGUCCUCAUCCCGCCGUUUGAAGCCUUGAGACUCCAUCACUUCAUUUCCUACUCGGACUAUUCCUCCACCGUGGCGGGGGAGGACUUUGUGAAUUUGGCGGUGGUGAUGAAGGACAUGAGGACCAAAGAAAGAUUCCUGGCUGCUCAGGAGUUCAGCAUUCGUGCUCCACAAAUCGCUAUAGAGGUUGAAGGAGGAGACGGCCUCCUGAUGCAGGAGGAGCGCGCCGCCCGCGUGAGCUUCACCAAUCACUUCAGCAAAGCUCUGACCGAGGUGGUUCUGACCGUGGAGGGAUCCGGUUUGCUUUUGGGGAAACGGGACACAAGGGUCGCUGUCCUGGAGCCAGGAAAGACGAUCUGGAAGAAGGUGUCGAUAACGGCGACUUCGCCCGGCACUAAAGUCCUGAUGGCCACGCUGUCGCACGGCGCCGACUCCAUCACUGCUUCCAGGAGUUUCCACAAACUGUCCGUCCUUCCUGCCUGACGAGACGCCAUCAGCCACAUCAGUUUAAUGCCGUCAGAGGACGAGAAGGGAAGAAUAAUAUAUAAAAACAAAAAAAAGGGGUUACCCUUGUUAUAAUUUGCUGAUAAGUCCAUAUUUCCUCAUUUUUUUUGGCCUAACAAAUUGCAACACAUGGAUUUUUUUCAAGGAUGAAAUGACAUUUAAUAUAGUAAAAUAAAUGCGGACCUGUGUGUGAAGACUAAAGGAAAACUUGUGAGCAUCAUUUUUUGUAGAGUUAGUUUGAAUAAUUACAGCAGCAGAUAUCUUAAUAAUAAAAAUGACAAAAAAUGUCACCAAUAAUUCCUACCAGAGGAGACCGACCCAGCUCAGGAAAAGCACUGCUUUUUCUGUCAAAUAUUAGAGGAUAAAAAUAGAAAGUUACAUUGAGAAGAAAGAUGUCUGAGUAUGUCUUUCUAUCUUUCUGAUGAUAAGUCAUAAAUGUUUAAAAUUAUAGUUUAAAGAAUUCAGAUAAUUCUGAGACUUUGCUUUGAAAGUGUCCAGAAAACAAUAAGGAGCUGGACUUGGAUUUGUUGGUUUUAUCAUUUUCAGUGUUAUAAGAAAUUAAAAAAGAAAUGUUUAUAAGAAAAAUUAUGAUGGAAAAAUAACUAUUUUUAAGGUGUU